UGUUGUGACAGAUAGCCUAGUCUUACGGAAGCAAUUCGUGGCGGACGAAAACAAACCCAGUUCUUUUACCCGUUUGCAACGAAUACAACAGUGAACUGCGGUCCUUCCUCUAUGAAAGAAAGUGUCGAUAUAUAUUUAGCGUAAAACGUGUUAGUGUGGUGGCUAAGAGGAGACGAAUAGAUGUCUGAUGUACCAGAAUCGUCUGAUAAAAAGGAAGAGGAGACCAACAUCCCUGAUCCCGAGGAGGAGGAAUCUGACGACAGCAGUGACGAAGGCGAAGGUGGUGCGUCGGGGGAAGCGGAGAUGGAUUUUCUUCGCAACCUCUUCUCUCGGACUCUGGGCCUAGGGCCCAGUGAGAAAGUUCUGGAUGAGCUCACUUUAGAUGGCGUGGCUCGAUACAUGCAGAGCGGCACCUGUAAAAACAUCAUCUGCAUGGUGGGAGCAGGGAUAUCCACAUCGGCUGGUAUCCCUGAUUUUCGCUCUCCUGGCACCGGACUGUAUGCCAAUCUGCAGAAGUAUAACCUGCCUUAUCCAGAGGCCAUCUUUCAGAUCGACUACUUUAAGAAACAUCCUGAGCCUUUCUUUGCCCUGGCCAGGGAGCUGUACCCAGGGCAGUUCAAGCCCACAGUGUGUCACUACUUCAUCAGGUUGCUGAAGGAGAAAGGUCUGCUUCGACGCUGCUACUCACAGAACAUCGACACCCUGGAACGCGUGGCCGGGCUGGAAGGAGACGAUCUGAUCGAGGCCCACGGGACGUUCUACACCUCCCACUGCGUCAGCUUCUCGUGCCGCACGGAGUACAACCUGGACUGGAUGAAAGAAAAGAUCUUCUCAGACGAGAUUCCCAAGUGUGACAAAUGCAGUGGCCUGGUCAAGCCUGACAUCGUGUUUUUCGGUGAGAAUCUCCCGGCCCGGUUCUUCACCUCGAUGAAGAUGGACUUCCCUCGCUGUGACCUCCUCAUCAUCAUGGGAACAUCCCUGCAGGUUCAGCCCUUUGCUUCUCUGGUCAGCCGAGUCCCAAAAAGCACUCCCAGACUGCUCAUUAACAUGGAGAAGACUGGGCAGUCAGAUGCCCUGAUGGGGAUGUUGGGUUUUGGAGGGGGCAUGGACUUUGACUCAGAGAAAGCCUACAGAGACGUGGCGUACCUGAGCACCUGCGAUGAAGGCUGCUUGGCCCUUGCUGACCUGCUGGGCUGGAAGGUGGAACUGGAAGAGUUGGUGAAACGGGAGCACGAAAUGAUUGACAGCAAAGACAAGAAAGACAAAGCCAAGCCAGCCAAUCAGAGCCCUGGGGCAGCACAGGGAAAUGCUGGGGCGGAGACAGGGAAGAGUGACAAGGCCGAGUAACCAAUGAACGGGCAGCGCAGAUCAUGACCAACACUUAGCCAAUCCUGAGCCUGUCUCCGGCAGCCGAGUGAUGCAAAUAAGACUGCACUUUGAAUUAUGUUUCAGUCUCCCUGUGAGGCAGUAGUUUGUACUUCCUGCAUCCUGUCUUCUUCCUUCCUGUCCACUGUUGUUCCUCUGCUGCAUCAAGCAACAAGCAAUAUACACAGUGUCAUCCAGGAAAACAGGGGCGUAAGCGGAGGAGAAAGACAGACAAGAGAUUUGCACACUAAGGCCACUCAAGUUUGCUAAUUGAAUUGGGUCAGUCUUGACUGGAAGAGGAAGUGACAUAGAGAAUUGGAUACCAACAAGGCAAUUUUUUCAAAAUGGUUUACCAGAGGAGCAAACUUAUAGGUGAUGUAAAUAUAAACACUGAUGGAGUGGUGUCUUCUCUUCCUAGUGCCGCUAUAUUUCUCUUAUCAGUAAUGGCUACUAAUAUAUACUGAACUGAUUUCAAGAUUUUUUUAAUGGAUGGUUUAAUAUAAUUUCUCUUUCAAAAAAUAUUUACUAGAUAUUACCAACACCUUUUGUCUGAUUUUAUUUAUAUGUUAAUAUUGGCUGGUGUGGUUUCUAUAUCUGAAUAAUGGAGGCAAAAUUGAAUUGACUGUAGGGGAUAUUUGCAUGACAGUACACCUUGUGGCCUCAAGGUGGAGACAACGCACAAUCUGGGUGAAGCUAUCAGGCAAGGGCGAGUAACAGGUAAAAAUAAAUCAAGUUCCAAUAUCUAAAAA